AGCUAUCAUCUGUGGAGCCAGUGGCUGCGUUAUUUUGAUCUUCGUAAUUUUUUUCAAAAGUUUCGUAAGAAAUAAACACCGGAGCCCGGGGUAUAGCUGGAGAUGUCCGGACAAUAUUUUGCAAUAAUACAAUGUCGGACUGGUAUUGGAAGGUCAUAGCUUUAAAAGCGGCUUUCGUGUUAACUUGUUUUGUUUCUUAUCUGCGUGCCGAUGAUAAUAUACAGAAGUUACCGUUUUGUAAUCCUCACAAUAAUGCGAACGGCGGACCAGUCAACCACGAUUUGGUGCUAGUUAGCACCUUAGAUGGUAAGCUAACAGCAUUCUCAACUGACAAUGGCAUCAAAGCAUGGGACCUAGAAACACAACCAUUACUGUCAUCCAAUUUACAUCAUGUCGAGCUCACAGCAGGCGGUAAAUGGGUGCGUCUGGUGCCCUCCCUCCGCGGAACACUGUACAGCCUCAGCGGAGAAACCAUUGAACCUUUACCAUUUGAUGCGGAACAACUUCUUUCCGCGUCAUUCAAGUACUCCGAUGACUUGGUCAUAGCUGGUGCAAGAGAAACCAACUGGCUCGGUCUGGACGCGUCGUCGGGGUCCAUAAUAUACGAGUGUGGGUCUAGCGGGUGCAACAGCGAGCAACAGACGGCGGGCGCGGGCCGAGACAUCCUCGUGUUGAGACGACACUCUAAUACCGUGAGGGCAUUGGACCCGCGCAGUGGGAACGAAAAAUGGAACUUCAGCGUGGCCGAGCACCAGCUGGCAUUAAGCCGGCGGGAGUGCGCGGGCGGCGCGACCGGUCCUCCGCCGGCCGUGGCCGUGGGCGUGGCUUUACCUGAGGGCGUGGUCGCCGUCCGCCGCCCGGGCGACGCGCGACUGCUGUGGAGGCAGAAGCUAGAAGCCCCAGUGGCAGGCAUGUGGCGUCUCCAAGGCGGUUCAUUACAACACAUCGACGUACUAUGGGAGGCGGCUCAGUCGCUAGUAGACAACGCGCCAGCCGCGCCGCCCUCACUAUACAUCGGUGUGCAUGACAGACAGGCGGCUCAGUCGUUAGUAGACAACGCGCCAGCCGCGCCGCCUUCGCUGUAUAUCGGCGUUCAUGACAGACAGGUGAGUGGUCCCACAGGCCCCGUGGCAGGCAUGUGUCUACAAGGCUCGCUACAACACAUCGGCGUUCAUGACAGACAGGUGAGUGGUCCCACAGGCCCCGCGGCAGGCAUGUGUCUACAAGGCUCGCUACAACACAUCGACGUGCUAUGGGAGGCGGCUCAGUCGCUAGUAGACAACGCGCCGGCCGCGCCGCCUUCGCUAUACAUCGGUGUGCAUGACAGACAGGUGAGUGGUCCCACAGGCCCAGUGGCAGGCAUGUGGCGCCUCCAAGGCGGUUCAUUACAACACAUCGACGUACUAUGGGAGGCGGCUCAGGCGUUAGUAGACAACGCGCCGGCCGCGCCGCCUUCACUGUAUAUCGGUGUGCAUGACAGACAGGCGGCUCAGUCGCUAGUAGACGCCGCGCCGGCCGCGCCGCCCUCGCUAUACAUCGGUGUGCAUGACAGACAGGUGAGUGGUCCCACAGGCCCCGUGGCAGGCAUGUGGCGCCUCCAAGGCGGUUCGUUACAACACAUCGACGUGCUAUGGGAGGCGGCUCAGUCGUUAGUAGACAACGCGCCGGCCGCGCCGCCUUCGCUAUACAUCGGCGUUCAUGACAGACAGUUAUACAUCCAAGAAAGCGUCUUCUACGCUCAGAAACUUGAGACAUCAGUGUCGGCCAAGCCAGUGCCGUGGAAACUGAAGCACUCGCGGCCUCUGCUGGACGGACAGGAAACUGCGCUGUCGGUGCAGGACCCCGAACCUAACACCCUGUCGCUGAUCACCCUGUAUGGCACCACUGAGCCUACCGGCAACCACGGCUUCUUCCUCUACCUCCAAGAGACGUGCGACCAAGCAGUCCAAGUGUCCGAAGAAUCCAUCGACGGCCCCGACAUAGUCCUGCCCACACCGGACGAGGAUCACGAACAUCAUCAUAUACACGUGCACGUGUAUUCUCUAUGGUUCUGGUGGAAGGAAGUGCUGCUGAUAGCAGUCAGUUCGGCAUUGCUGAUGAAUCUGAUGAUCUGGCCGAGGUUCUUCGCUCCGAAGCUGAGGCCAAGCACGCCACUGCCUGUUAACCAUCAGGAGAACAUAAUAGUAGAGCGGUACUACGAGCGGCCUCCACCGACUCCCCCCACUCAAGAAUAUUCGGGGCGAUACGAGAACGACUUCACCCCGCUGCGCUGCCUCGGCCGAGGCGGCUUCGGCGUGGUGUUCGAAGCUAGAAACAAUAUUGACCACUGCUCGUAUGCUGUGAAGAGGAUCACGCUGCCUAAAAGGGAAUCGAAACGCGAGCGUGUCUUGCGCGAAGUUCGCGCGUUAGCCAAGCUGGAGCACGAAAAUAUCGUGCGCUACUUCAACGCCUGGCUCGAGGAGCCGCCGCCGCUGUGGCAGGAGCAGCGAGACGCUGUCUGGAUGAGAGCACGAGGACAUCGUGCGCUACUUCAACGCCUGGCUCGAGGAGCCGCCGCCGCUGUGGCAGGAGCAGCGAGACGCUGUCUGGAUGAGGUAGGAGGAUACAUCAUCAUCUUCAUCAUCAUCAUCAAGUUGGAGCACGAGGACAUCGUGCGCUACUUCAACGCCUGGCUCGAGGAGCCGCCGCCGCUGUGGCAGGAGCAGCGAGACGCUGUCUGGAUGAGAGAACUGGACGGAGUCUCCGUAGCUAUGACAGAUGAGUGUACCGCCACGUCACCGCCUAACAAAAGCAGCCAUACCAAGCGGGACAGUGUCCGGUUGGAGCUACAGAAGUCUAUUGACGAUUGUGUGGACGCGCUUGACUAUGAGAAGCGACUGGCUGAUCUGCCUAAGAGGAACAGAUCGCUAAGCUGCAACGACUCCUUCAGCAUAGUAUUCGAAGACAACGUCUCCAAACAUUCCCAAAACUCCCACCACUCGUCCCGGAAUUCCCACCAUUCGUCCCACAAUUCACCCCACCACUCCACUCCUACAUCCCCCAAACAUAGCAGCCACGAUUUCAACAUCAGCACGACCCCAGAUUUGUCAAAAAACCUGGGAGAUUACGCUACCACCGAUCUGUCAAAGAACAUCACUAGCGGGGAUUUCGGGGUGAACAAUUUACCCCAAGUUGCAAGUGGGGACAAUGACGAUUCAUUUAUUGUGUUCGCACAUUCCGAAAACCCGAAGUCUGGGCAGAGUGAAGCGAGGAAAGAAUCUUCGGUGGACAAAAGACUGGAGAGGGUGAAAGAGAUUGAUGGAUUCACUAAGACUGACAGCACUAGUAGUAAAAAUAAGAAGAAAGGCCACAGGCGGCACUGGUCACUGGACCUAUGCGUCCGCUCCGAGCCGGCCGCUAGCAAGAUGUACCUCUACAUCCAGAUGCAGCUGUGUCUCCGCGACAGCCUGCACGACUGGCUGCGGCUCAACCGCACGCCCGCCUCGCGCGGGGACAAGGUACGACACGGGUACAAGGUACACGGGUACACUGUGCACUGCACACAGGGACACAGGCGGCACUGGUCGUUGGACCUGUGCGUCCGAACCGAGCCGGCCGCUAGCAAGAUGUACCUCUACAUCCAGAUGCAGCUGUGUCUCCGCGACAGCCUGCACGACUGGCUGCGGCUCAACCGCACGCCCGCCUCGCGCGGGGACAAGGUACACGGGUACACUGUGCACUGCACAGAGGGACACAGGCGCCACUGGUCAUUAGACCUGUGCGUCCGAACCGAGCCGGCCGCUAGCAAGAUGUACCUCUACAUCCAGAUGCAGCUGUGUCUCCGCGACAGCCUGCACGACUGGCUGCGGCUCAACCGCACGCCCGCCUCGCGCGGGGACAAGGUACGACACGGGUACAAGGUACGACACGGGUACAAGGUACACGGGUACACUGUGCACUGCACACAGGGACACAGGCGGCACUGGUCGUUGGACCUGUGCGUCCGAACCGAGCCGGCCGCUAGCAAGAUGUACCUCUACAUCCAGAUGCAGCUGUGUCUCCGCGACAGCCUGCACGACUGGCUGCGGCUCAACCGCACGCCCGCCUCGCGCGGGGACAAGGUACGACACGGGUACAAGGUACGACACGGGUACAAGGUACGACAGGGGACAAGGUACAUAGGUACACUGAGCACUGCACAGGGGCACAGGCGGCACUGGUCACUGGACCUGUGCGUCCGCACCGAGCCGGCCGCUAGCAAGAUGUACCUCUACAUCCAGAUGCAGCUGUGUCUCCGCGACAGCCUGCACGACUGGCUGCGGCUCAACCGCACGCCCGCCUCGCGCGGGGACAAGGUCAAAGUCCUCUUCAGCCAGAUAGUAUCGGCCGUGGAAUACGUCCAUCUAGCGGGUCUCAUCCACCGCGACCUCAAGCCCAGCAAUAUCUUCUUCGCGCCCGAUGGAAGGGUCAAAGUGGGCGACUUCGGGCUCGUGACCGCCAUGAAUGACAGCUCGCAAGAUGGCGGCCCGACUGACGAGAUUGACGCGUAUGCGAGACACACGUAUAGAGUUGGCACACACCUCUACAUGUCACCAGAACAGCUGCUCUGCCGUCCAUACAGUUACAAAGUGGACAUCUACUCCUUGGGAUUGAUUCUGUUCGAAUUACUACAACCGUUCGGGACCGAGUCCGAGCGAGUGACGUGCCUCCUUAGAUUGAGAGACGCGCGGUACCCACAUCGUUUCAACGAGGAGUACCCACAGGAGAGCGAAGUCCUAAAACUGAUGUUAAGCGAGGAUCCAUCGCAGCGACCGACCGCUAUGGGAGUAAAAGCGCGCGCGCCGCUUUAUCAACGGACCGACGAACGAUACCACUUCUCGCUGCCUAAUGCGCCCGCUUGACGGUACGUCAACAGUUUUUAAUAUCGACUUUAUUGUCAACAUCAUACGACUUACUUU